AAAAAGUAAUUGAAAUUAAAGAAGAAUCUGAUGAUAUUAAAAUUGAGGUUACAUACGGCGUUUGUCUUGUAUUAAAUGAUUCAGGAAAAAAUUGUAAUACACGAUUGAGGAUAAUAGGCAGAUCAACCUCAAAUUUAAUAUCUUAUUUAACAAACACCCAUGGUAUUACGCAAGGUAGACCUAAAUUACGUGAAGAUCCCGCUCAAACCAAAAUUAAUCUUUUUGCAAGAUCCAGUUCUUAUCCAUAUACUAAAGCGAAGAAUGAUAAGCUAACCAAAGCCCUUGUUAAGUUUAUUAUCCAGGACACACAACCAAUUAGUCUUGCAAUAAGCCCUAACUUCUGUGAAUUUAUAAAGGAAUUAGAUCCAAGGUUCAGUUUACCUGAUGAAAAACGAGUAAAGCAAAUAAUUCAUACAUUAUAUAAUAAAUCUUCCGAGAUUAUACGAAAAAAGCUCAAGGAUUCUAUAAUAUAUUGUUCACUAACUACCGAUUUGUGGAUGUCUCAUACCCUUACACUGCCAAUGUUAUCCAAAAAAAAAUUAGAAGAAGUAAUUGAAAACUGGGGUCUUACCAGAAAGCUUGUUGUUGGAAAGGGUUUGAUGCCUAUUGAAAUAAUUACUAAAACUUCAACGUACCUUCGUGCAAAAAUAGAUAUGUCCACUCGUUGGAAUUCAUCUUUUCUCGCUUGGGAACGACUUCUACUUAUUAAAGAUGCCAUCAAUAUUGUCUUAGCAACAUUAAGCAUUUCAAAUAUUGUUAAUAUUUUGGGUCCCUUCUUUGAAGUUACAGAAUUACUCGGUGGUUCCGAAUAUGUUACAUUUUCCUAUAUGAUCCUCUCUAUUUUAGGAUUGAUGGAUAAGUUGGAUUGCUCUACAGACCAUUUAGAUAAAUCAAAUAAUAUAAAUUUUGAAAUGCCUGACCUAGUAUUCGACAAUAAUGUUGGAUUUGUUGAUGCACAGGAAGAGAAAGAAGAUGAAGAAUUAUUCCUUGCAUACCUUCUGGAUCUGAGGUUUAAAAAAUUAAGAUUUGCAACAUCAACUCAACAACUUCAAGCGAAAGCUGCCCUUCAAGAAAAAUAUAAUAAUAUUAAAUCACUUCAAUCUUCACUAACUCUAACAAACCAACCUUUAGAUUUUAAUGAACAACUUUCAGCUAAAAAUAAUCAGAGAGAACGCCAAAUCUAUCAAAAAACAUUCAUCAAAUCACUUUUUAUGCAAAAUACUGUUGAUGAGCCAAUUGAUGAAAUUAGUCAUUAUCUUUCUUUACCUGAAAUUUCCUACAAUCAUAAUCCUUUUCACUGGUGGAAUACUUAA